GCUUUCAACAGUCGUGAAAAGUUUUGAUAGAGUUGAGAAAAUCAGUGUGUCCAUUUCUGUAAACAAACAAUGGACAAACUAACAACAGAUGAAAAUACAACUGUUUCAAAAAUAAAAGUGUUGGCUAUCGGAGAUCCCGAUGAAGACCUGCCCAAGGAACCAGAAACAUCCAAAUACUUGUAUCAACAAAAUCUCCAAGCUGAUUUUAGGAAACACUUGGGUUAUCUCUUGCUGGGUACUCGCAGUCCCAUCGAAGUAGUCGAAGAUUGGAGUGCUGUGCGAAGUUUCAAAGCGAAGAGCGUCAAGGAGGAUAAAAAGCCAAGACAAUAUUCCUUUUACUUUACAAAGCCAGGAAAGUGGGUGCCGGGGACCUUAAUAAGUGGGCCUGUGUUGCAUGGUGCUGCAGCUCUGGAGGAAGUUAAAAAGAGUUUAAGUGAGGAGAAUUGGGAUAUCGGAUAAUGUGAUACAAACUCCGCUCAAGACAAAGAAGAGUAAAGAAUAUUA